AUGGAGAUGUUCUACUACCUUUUGUUUGGGGGUCUUGCCUUAGUGGUAGCAAUCCUCGAGUUCAGCAAGACCACCAAGGAUCGUAUUAAUGCAUCUGCUGCUUUUCAUUCUUUCAAGAACAACUACCUUGUCGUAUAUUCUCUCAUGAUGGCUGGAGAUUGGCUGCAGGGUCCUUAUGUAUAUUACCUCUAUAGCCAAUAUGGCUUUGACAAAGGGGAUAUCGGAAGGCUCUUUAUCGCUGGUUUUGGAUCCUCAAUGUUAUUUGGGACAAUUGUAGGAUCUUUGGCAGAUAAACAGGGUCGGAAGAGGGCUUGUGUAACUUACUGUAUAACUUACAUCCUUAGCUGCAUCACCAAGCAUUCUCCUCAAUACAAGGUCCUAAUGUUGGGACGUGUAUUGGGAGGAAUUGCCACUUCUCUCUUGUUUUCAGCUUUUGAGUCAUGGCUUGUUGCAGAACAUAAUAAGAGGGGCUUUGAUCAGCAAUGGUUAUCCUUGACAUUCUCCAAGGCUAUCUUACUAGGCAAUGGCCUAAUUGCCAUUGUUUCUGGGUUGUUAGGAAAUGUCUUAACUGACACACUGGGUUUUGGUCCGGUUGCCCCCUUUGAUGCUGCUGCAUGCUUACUUGCAAUUGGGAUGGCCAUUAUCCUAUCAUCAUGGAGUGAAAAUUAUGGAGAUCCUUCAGACAAUAAGGACCUGCUUACCCAGUUUAAGGGUGCUGCUACAAUUAUUGCCUCUGAUGAGAAGAUUGCAUUGCUUGGUGCAAUACAGUCACUGUUUGAAGGUUCAAUGUAUACCUUUGUGUUCCUGUGGACUCCUGCUUUGAGCCCAAACGGUGAGGACAUACCCCAUGGUUUCAUAUUUGCAACAUUCAUGUUGACGUCAAUGUUGGGUAGCUCCAUUGCUUCUCGUGUCAUGGCACGUCCGUCCCUCAAAGUUGAGGGCUUCAUGCAGAUUGUUUUCAUUCUUUCAUCCUGCUCUUUGCUGCUUCCCGUUGUCACUACUUUCUUGGUGCCACCCUCUAGUGUGAAAGGUGGAAGCAUCUCUUUUUCAGGGUGUAUCCAGCUCAUUGGUUUCUGUACAUUUGAGGGCUGUGUAGGUAUAUUCUGGCCAGCAAUCAUGAAAAUGAGGUCCCAGUACAUUCCUGAGGAGGCUCGAAGUACCAUUAUGAAUUUCUUUCGUAUUCCUCUCAACAUUUUUGUCUGUGUUGUGUUGUAUAAUGUUAAUGCAUUCCCCAUCACUGUUAUGUUUGGCAUGUGUUCUAUCUUCCUCUUUAUGGCAGCAGUCUUGCAGAGGCGGCUCAUGGUGCUUGCAGAGAGCUACAAAUCAAAGCAACAGGAUUGGACGUCAAUGAAAGAGAGGGAUACAGAGACAGAGCCGUUAAACAUAUGA